UUAGGAAUUAUAUUUGCCGGAAGCUGAAGUCCCGGUAAGAUGAAAUGAUUUGCUCUUUAAUUCCUCCUCCUUUCAAUAGAGUACUAUAGCUUCGGACGGAACAUGUCAAGCGGUUCUGCGGAUUAUAACAGCUCCAGAGACAGAGACCAUGGGGGCCCAGAGGGAAUGGAACCUGAUGGUGUCAUUGAGAGCAACUGGAAUGAGAUUACGGACAAUUUUGAUGACAUGAACCUCAAGGAGACCCUCCUUCGGGGUAUUUAUGCUUAUGGUUUUGAGAAGCCAUCAGCCAUUCAGCAGCGAGCCAUUAUUCCUUGUAUUAAAGGUUAUGAUGUCAUUGCUCAAGCCCAGUCAGGAACUGGCAAGACAGCUACAUUUGCCAUUUCAAUCCUUCAGCAACUGGAGAUAGACCAGAAGGAGACCCAGGCUCUGGUUCUGGCUCCCACCAGAGAGUUGGCCCAACAGAUUCAGAAAGUGAUUCUGGCUUUGGGUGACUACAUGGGUGCCACCUGCCAUGCUUGCAUCGGGGGCACCAAUGUCCGAAAUGAGAUGCAGAAACUGCAGGCAGAGGCUCCUCACAUAGUAGUCGGAACCCCUGGUCGAGUCUUUGAUAUGCUCAACAGGCGGUAUUUGUCUCCCAAAUGGAUCAAGAUGUUUGUCUUGGAUGAAGCUGAUGAAAUGUUGAGCCGGGGAUUCAAGGAUCAAAUAUAUGAAAUCUUCCAAAAAUUAAGCACAAAUAUACAAGUUGUGCUGCUCUCGGCGACAAUGCCAGCUGAUGUGUUGGAGGUGACCAAAAAAUUCAUGCGAGACCCAGUUCGUAUCUUGGUGAAAAAGGAGGAACUUACCUUGGAGGGUAUUAAGCAAUUCUACAUCAAUGUAGAGCGUGAGGAAUGGAAGUUGGACACACUUUGUGACCUGUACGAGACACUCACAAUCACUCAGGCUGUCAUAUUUUUGAACACAAGAAGAAAGGUUGACUGGUUAACUGAGAAAAUGCAUGCGAGGGACUUCACAGUCUCUGCCUUGCAUGGAGACAUGGACCAGAAGGAAAGAGAUGUGAUCAUGCGCGAGUUCCGAUCUGGAUCUAGCAGAGUUUUGAUCACUACAGAUUUGCUGGCUCGAGGCAUUGAUGUACAGCAAGUUUCUUUAGUCAUUAAUUAUGAUCUACCCACAAAUCGGGAAAACUACAUCCACAGGAUUGGUCGAGGUGGUCGUUUUGGCAGGAAAGGAGUCGCUAUUAACUUUGUUACUGAAGAAGACAAGAGGAUUCUUCGGGAUAUCGAGACUUUUUACAAUACUACUGUUGAGGAGAUGCCUAUGAACGUGGCUGAUCUGAUUUAAACUUUGGGAUGAGAUUUUAUGCAGUGCUCGCUGUUGAAUAAACACGUGCAUUGUAAUUAUUUUAUUGGAAAAAUACUGAAUCUUUUCUCAAUGCUGAAUGUGGAUCGGAAAUUUGGAUAUUUGCAAAGUGAAGCAACUUUGGUGUUGAGCUCUUGUGAGGGAGGGUUGUAGGCUCGAUCCUCUUGAGUUAGACUGCUGCGGUGGUAUACAAAGACAUGGAGUCUUUAAAUAUAUUUAGGUAUUUUUUUCCUAGUUCAUUCAAGCUUUGUGUAUUAGAUGUUCUCUAUCGCUUAAUAAUUUACUUGUGGACUAAGAGAUAUAAGUGCUGUAUUAAGUCUGCCAAUUUUGUCAAGCUAACUUUUGCCAAUUGUAGUAAAUCUUGGUUAAGAUGCCUUCCAAA